AGGUUUAUCGAAAACUGAGGGAUACGAAUAAAUAGAAGCAAUGAAAUCUUCUUAUCAGGCCUCAAGGAGCACAAAGAGGACAAAAUGGGAUACCCUCCGCUGGCAGUACCUCGGAAUAUUUCUGUGGACUUUUAUCAUUUGGCAGUAUAUGCUUUGGGGAUGGCUUUAUGGUAUGCCUGAAGCCCAACCAAAAGGAAACGCUUUGGUGAACUCUCGAGGACAACAAAACUCGACAAAGGGCUAUAUCACCGUCAUUGAAGGAUAUCCAAGACUUCCAGUCGAGCAGGAAAAAUUCUCGCCGAGUGAUCCGAACGAUGUUGAAGGACUUACCGAUAGCGAACUUGAUCGCUUGCAUAUUGCAACGAUUAAUGCUUUCCCGAAGUCUACGGAGAGACGUGCUAUAAGCUUUGGACUGUAUGGUAAUGAUUCCAAAUACACUAUUGGGGCUAUUCGGAAUGCUGAGCUUGCUCCUCUCUAUUUUCCAGGUUGGAUUGCAAGAUUUUAUGUCGACAGCUCUGUGCCACGAGAUGUCUUGAAGCGACUGAAAGAAUUGGGAGCCGAAAUUAUCAUGAUGCAGACAACUGGAAACGAUCUAAUCGCGGGAAUGUUCUGGAGAUUUCUGGUUGCGGACGACGCAAGUAUAGAUAGAACAUAGGGGCACAAAUGGCGUCUUGGUCAGCAAAAAGCGCGUAUGGCGAGGAUAUGGACUUUCUGAACAUGGAUGUGUGGCCUUUGGUUAAAAACAAGCAAAUGUCUCAUGAUGCGUACUGUUGCGGGCAAUUUCCGAAUGCUCAUUCGUUUCCAAGCAAACGCUAUCUUAGCUAUCAGCAUGUUGGACAAGUAUUCAAUCAUUUGGACGAACCAGUCCAGAAACACAUUGACGACAUUCGUUCGAAGGUAAUUGAUGAGAAAUGUAGAAGGCAUGAAGACUGGAUCUACGGAUAAAAUUGUACAUUUG